CCCGUGUGGAUAAUGUCAGCCUCAAGCAGAUUCAAAAAGGACAAAGAGAUCGUAGCCGAGUACGAAAGUCAAGUGAAAGAAAUUCGAGCUCAGCUAAUAGAACAACAGAAAUGUCUGGAGCAGCAAACUGAGAUGAGAGUGCAGCUUCUUCAAGACUUGCAAGAUUUCUUUCGCAAAAAGGCAGAAAUAGAAACGGAAUAUUCACGCAAUCUAGAAAAGUUAGCUGAAAGGUUCAUGGCAAAAACAAGAAGUACUAAAGAUCAUCAACAGUACAAGAAAGACCAGAAUCUACUAUCUCCAGUAAAUUGUUGGUAUUUACUUCUCAACCAAGUGAGAAGAGAAAGCAAAGACCAUGCAACCCUGAGUGAUAUCUACCUGAACAACGUCAUCAUGCGUUUUAUGCAGAUAAGUGAAGAUUCCACCAGAAUGUUCAAGAAG